AUGUCCUCCCAGGCUACCAAGCGCAUCACCCGCUCGAUGAGCACCCGUGCUGCCAAGCGCCAACGCCUCCAUGAGCAGCUGAUCUCCUUGGGAAUCGAAGUGACAUACCCUGUCCUCCUGGCCGUCCUCUCGAUCCCCGAGCUGAUCGAGAUGCUCCCUGCCUGCAGUCUCGUGAAGCUCAAGGCAACUUCCAGCGACGUGAGGACUCUGCUCUCGACCAAGACUGUGGGCAUUCGUAUCUGGGCCGAGUGGUUCGACAAGCAACACCACACCAGACUUCUCUCUGCCGACUGCGCCCAGCUGGUCAAGUAUUUCCCCGCUGGAUCGAUUCCCUUCAACGUCAAGUGGCUCAAGUCCAUUCCGAGAUCCGUGGUUUCAGCCGAGUUCGUCCGAGUCGUCACUCGUAUCCGCCGAGACAACUCCGAAAUCCAGAUCGUACGACGACUCCUCGAGGUCAAGCACGUCCCCACUGCGAUGUGGGUGGUUGAGGACAAGGUCUGGAAUGAUGAAUGCAUCAGCAAAAGCCUUUCCGUCCUGCGCAACAAAUCCGAGGUGCUCGACGACUUCCUCCUCGAACAUCGCAAAUUUUUCCUCGGAUCACCAUCUGAAGAGAUCAACCGGGCGUACUUUCAGUGGCUCAAGUCGUUGGACACAUCCAAACUGAAGGUCAAAUUCACUCUCCACGAAUGCUAUCGAUAUGGCAGAGGUACUGAUUUGAACCCGACCCAGGCCUUGGAUCUCCUGGUCGAAUGCGCCCGCGCCGGGUAUCGCAGCACUGUCCAGAAAAUCUACAACAUCUGCCAAUACGGAGUGUCAAGUGUGAAGCCAAAGUUUUAUUCUAGAUCCAAGGCUUAG